GCUUUUGUCCCUUAGAGUCAUUAUGGAUAAUGAACUCUAUGUGGAUCUGUUGCUGCAAUCUCUGCCACUGUUAUUUGAUAGCUUUGUUGUUAACUUUAACAUGCACAAAAUGAAGACUUCUCUCCAUGAGUUAGUGAGUAUGUUAAAGACUGCUAAAUCAACAAUAAAAAAGGAUAAGCCGGUGCUUCUUGUUGGAUCCUCUUCUAAAUCUAAAAGGAAUGGGAAGAGAAAGGUUCCCAACAAACCCAAUAAGAAGGCAAAGAACAACAAAGGAAAGAACAAAGAGAAGGUCAAUUCUCAGUCUAGUCAUGAAUGUUAUCAUUGUGGUAAAACUGGGCAUUGGAAGAGGAAUUGCAAGGAGUAUCUUGCAAGCCUGAAAAGUCUGUUGGAUUUGAUCUAUACAGAUGUUUGUGGACCACUAAAUGUUAGUGCCAAGGGGAACUACUAUUAUUUCAUAACUUUUACUGAUGAUUAUUCACGGUAUGGUUAUGUAUACCUAUUAAG